UGUCGCCUUCAUUCAGACAUCACCAACCGGCGAAGCGUCCACGUUCAUAGCGCAGCAAAAGGCACAGUCUGUUCUACACGAUGGAAGCACCCAAUCCACUAGCCUUAAUGGUCGAAGAGAUGAAGACGCGGACACCAGAAAAACGCCAAAUCAAGAACCUUGGAAGGACCAUCUGGCAAUUCCCAAGUGUAUUUGACUCGGAAUUUACCCAGCAGGGUUGUGAGUUUCUGGCCGUUGAAGUCAACCGGGUUGUCAAAGAGGAGUUGGCGAACAUUGACAAUGAUGAUCACUUCGACUUCCUCGAGAUAGGGUGCGGGAAUGGCAAUAUUUUGAUAGAAGUCGCCUGCAACCACCGCGAUAACUUGCACAUAUGGGCAACCGAUAUAAAUCCAACUGCUGUAGAGAAUACAAAAGAGAACUUGACGCUGCACGGCUUGGAGAAUCAAGUUAAUGUUUCCACUGGAGAUGUUUACAGUGCAUCAGACAUCAAGGAUCGUCACUUCGAUCUMAUUUUUUGGAGUUUUCCAUUCGUUCCGUUCGCUGGGCCCAAUCCACAAGAAAAGCGAGCUUUGAGUCCCCUGGAGCGAGGUCUAGUUGAUGUAGAAUACAAAGGCUUGCGGGAAUUCCUCUCGGGUGCCAAGGACCAUCUCAAGAAAAAUGGCCGGCUGUUGUUCGCGUUCUCGUUCAAAAUCGGCUCGGAGGACCUCUUGAAGAAGAUCAUGUCUGAAACAGGGUGGGGCUACAGGGUGUUGUCAGAGGCCGAAGCAGAGCUAAAAUUCACAACUCAGCCGUUGAGCAUGACUAAUGAUGUCAAGCUGCUAGAAGCAGUGUCCCUGGAGUGAUAAACUAAAGAGAAGAGAACUGUCACCACAUGACUCUAGRCCGCAAAUGAUCGUUAAGUUUGUCCAAUAGCGCUUGACCAAUAGCUUUAAGACAAUAGAUCAAAGAGAUAGCUGGAAAGUCCAUUAUUUAAACAAUUUACACUGUAGUGGUGUUGCUAUAGACUCAAUAACUUAUCGAUAGGCGUAUUCUUAUUGUAGUAAUCUCGACUCGACGACCGUGAGAGCGUCGGUCUGACUUGCAUUCCUCUGUAACAUGCAUAAUAAGUCGAUGUGAUAUCAAUAAAUUGUCAAACAUCCGA